AUGCCGCCUCGCGCAGCCCCUAGAGGUAGCGCACCUCGUGGCUCGGGUCCAGCGAUCAGAGGCAGUAGCAGUUCCAGGGGUGGCACGUCAUCGUAUUCACUGUCCACAACCACCAACAGACCGAAUAUCACGACUAUCGGUGUGCCACGGCCAAAUUAUGGGGCAGGUGGAACAAUUAGCAAUAUCCACGUCAAUUCGUUCAGGACCACCAUUCCUGAAGGUGUCAUUCACCACUACGAUGUGAUUUCGCCUUCGGAGAAGACCCUGCCUGCUCGUCUCAAUAUGGAUAUCAUUGAAAGCCUGCAAUUUAGAAUAGCCCCCGCUAUUUUCACUCCGCGAUGUGUGUAUGAUGGUCGAAAGAAUAUUUUUGCUGUUCGUGAGCUUCCCUUUGGUGAACGGGGCUACCAAGAUUUUGAUGUUACCUUGGGCGAUGGACGGCCUGACCCAAAUGGUCGUCCACCAAAAGUAUACAAGGUUCGGUUAACUAAAGUCGCGGAAAUAAAUCCAGAGCAUGUCUCUUUCACCAGACCUCUUAAUUAUCUUUUUAACAUCCUUAAUAGGGUCCUCAAGCGCUUCAUUCAUGGUGAACAGUCUCAUGACAACAGCGUUCUUACUGCUAUCACAGCUCUUAACGUAGUGAUCAGAAUGGCCCCAACAAUGGCGUACCCUUUCAAUGUGCGAUCUUUCUUCACGAGUCGUGAGACCAGGGAUAUCGGAUCUGGCAUAUCAUUAUGGCGUGGUUAUUUUCAGUCUGUUAGGCCUGGGAUUGGUCAAAUGCUCAUCAAUAUCGAUAUUUCCACCGCUACAAUGUACAAAGGCGGUCCACUACUAGUAGUGUGUUGCGAGUAUCUUGGAAAAACUAACCCCAACUUCUUGGCUCAACACACCUUAUCCGAACGCGAACGCUAUCGCCUUCACAAAUUCAUCCAGGGGGUCAGGGUAGUAACUAAUCAGCCAAUUGGCGCGCAUCCUGCUGCUGGUGGAAGAAACGAACCUACACCACGAGUUGUCAAGGGACUAUCCAUUAAAAGUGCCAGGAUGGAAUAUUUCACACUGCGUGACGGUCGAUCAUUAUCUGUCGCCGAUUAUUUUAAACAAACGAUGAACAGGCCACUCCAAUUUCCGGAUUGUCUUUGUGUGGAGGUCGGUUCGGGGGCUAAAAUUCCCAUGGAACUGUGCAAUAUUCCCCCGGGUCAAAUACUCAGGAAGCAGAUACCACCCGACAAGACUAAAGAUGUUCUUGACUUUGCCACCAAAAGACCAGCCGAUCGCCUAGCUAGCAUAAGGACUGGAUUAAGUGUUUUAGCCUAUGGACAAUCUGAAUAUGUGCGGCAAUUUGGUAUGCGAGUUGACGAAAGUGGACCUCUUAAAGUCCAAGCUAGGGUUUUAAAGCCCCCUAUUCUUCGUUAUGGUGUUGGUAGUAAAGCUCCUACCAUCGUAAGUGUUCUUGUUAAUUUACACGAAACGGAAUUGCUCAUCGUGAAAAUGAAGACACCUAAUAACGGUGCUUGGAACAUACCCGUUGGCCCGAUUGUUGCUUGGGGUAUGGUUGUUUUCGAACAUAGAUUCAAAGAGCAACAGAUUCAGGAUGUAGCGGAGGGUCUUUACAACGGUUGCGCCAAAGUUGGUAUUAGGUUGGAAGAAAUGGUAGUGUGUAAAUUCGCUUCUGGCCAACAACAAGUCCGAAAGACUCUCAUGGAAGCCGGCAAAGAAAUUUACGCGAAAUUGAAAGUUGCCCCUUCACUUCUUGUGGUCAUUCUCCCUGAAGGCGCUAAUGAUAUGUACACCGAGGUUAAAUAUUUUGGUGAUGUUGAGUGCACCAGGGCUAAGCCACAGUACUUUGCGAACGUGUGCCUAAAAAUCAAUGUGAAGCUCGGAGGCAUUAACACCAUUCCUGACCCAUCCUCGGUCUCGGUGCUGACUGAUCCCCACAUGCCAACCAUUGUAAUGGGUGCCGAUGUUAUCCAUCCAUCUCCAGGAUCAGUUGGGCGUCCUUCCUUUACCUCCCUUGUUGGAAAUGUUGACUCUGACACAGCCAAAUAUGUGGCUGAUUCUCGAGUUCAAACUUCUCGACAAGAAAUGAUAGCAGAUCUCUGCGAAAUGAGCAAGCAUGUUCUUGGCUUCUAUACUCGAUAUCGAGCGAGCGUCGAGAAAAAGCUUGGAACUACAUGCAACCCUAAGCGCAUUAUCUUCUACCGCGAUGGUGUUUCCGAAGGACAGUUCAAACAAGUUCUCGAUAUCGACGGUGGUGACAGGACUGGAAACUGUCUUGCUGGCACUGUUGUCGACCGCGAAAUCGCCCAUCCAACAGAAUUUGAUUUCUACCUUCAAAGCCAUGGUGGACUGCUUGGUACAAGUAGGCCUGCUCAUUACUCUGUCCUUUACGACGAAAAUAACUUUUCCGCCGAUGCACUUCAAUCACUUUCUUUUGCCCUGUGCCAUGUAUAUGCUCGAUCCACGCGAUCCGUUUCUAUCCCUGCUCCUGUAUAUUACGCAGAUAUUGUAUGCUCCAGAGCAAAGAACCAUUACGAUCCGAGUGAAGUAUGGGAGUCACUCGGAUCUGAAGACACUCCAUCCGGUGACGCGGGAGAAUCACUGGACAAAUUCCGCACUGGAUUUAAACCGCUGCACCAUAGGCAAGCAAGUUUGAUGUACUUUUCUUGA